AUGGUCGUCUCCAGCAAGCAUACAGCCAUAUUUAUCGCCCUCUUCGCUGCUCUUCUCCCUCUCACUGUCCGUGUCGCGUCGUCACCCCUCGCACUCGUCCUUCUACUGCCUGUCCUCACCGUGUUUACUGUGUUCGGAUUCCUGUUGCUCAACAUCGCGCUGGGCUAUGCAUUGGACUCUACCAGACCCGCCAGUCAAAACACGCUUCCAUACGCAGCACGGCCGCUUGCAUUCUCCACACCAGCGGCAUGGCAGGCUGUUCUAACGCGUUCCCAAUGGUCGCAUAAGGCUCCCCAGACGUUGCCUCAGCUGUAUCCCGAAUCCCCGGCCACCUCAGCCGCACUCAAUGAUAUACUGAUUAUGAUUGUAAGAGAUUUUGUACUUGUGUGGUAUAAAGAAAUUUCGUCCUCGCCGUCGUUCCCCACUGCCGUCUCGUCGGUGUUACACAGCUCCUUAGAACAGCUGUUGAUUCGUGCCACGACCCUCGAUAUUCCUGCUCUCAUUGCUCGACGGAUAGUUCCCAAGGUGACGGCCCAUAUCGACCAGUUCCGGCAAUCUGAAGUCGCUUUGCGAGGCGCGGGGCUAGAGCGCAGGCUCACGCAGUCAGAGGAACUGGAUCUGUUACUGGCUAGUCGCUAUGCCGGCAGAGGAGAUGGGAAGUUACACCGCGCGGUGGAUAAUCUCUCCUCCACUUUCACGAAGCAGACAGAAGAGCAUCACCUACGAGAGUUGGUUGACAAGGCGCUUCCGCUAAUUCUCCCGGAGAAGGAUGCAAAGAGCGAGGCCGUCAGGAUUGUGGUCAAGGAGCUCGUUGCUUGUUCGAUCUUAUAUCCUAUCAUGGAGAUGCUUGCCGACCCCGACUUUUGGAAUCGCUCCAUAGAUUUGGUGGCAGGAGCGGCCAUUCGUCAGCAGAGGCUCGUCUCCAAGGUUCGAAAUAUACUUGAGGCUCAACUGCCUCGUUCGCAAGUUCGAACAACAGAGCCAAGAUCAUCGACAACAGAGAAGAUCACCAUUCGGACUGAUCCCAGACAAUUUGAAUCAUUCUUACGCAGCAUCAGUCGUUGUUCUUCGUUGCUGGACGCGAGACGAUUGAAGAACGACGUCAUGAGUGAGAUCAGGCGGACGCGGGUACUACUAGCGAAUCAUGAAAAAGACGAUUGGAUAAACGGCGAGAAGACGGAAGAUAUCGUGGCUUUCCUGGACCGCUUGUAUACCGCCAAACGCAAAGCAGAGAAGCGGAUAGUGGUGUUAGGUGGAGAAGCAGAUCCGCGUCAGCCCACUUAUUCCGAAGCACCGUCCACGUCUCGCAUAUCGCUGCGCGAUGUUUUAACAAACCCGAGCUCCCUAUCAUAUUACAUGGAAUUCAUGGAUCGCCGACAUCGGUCUCUACUUGUGCAGUUCUGGUUGACUGUGGAGAGCUUCAAGAAUCCUCUGGAAUCCGUAGAUUCCGGGAGCUCCGAUGAGGACGAUGAAGCUGUAUUGGAUCCCGCCCGCUCUGCUACUCUGAAAGAAGACAUAUCUAUGAUGAAAGAUUUGUACUUUUCGGGAUCUACUCCCGAUCCAGUACUGGCCUCCGUUUCGCAGAAGCAUGUGAAUGCUAUUAAGACAUUCGGUUUGGAUGAGAGGAUCCCUACGUUGGUGGCGGAAAGACGAGUGCGAAGGAGCGUGAUGCUGGCACAAAGACAGGUGGAGAAGGACAUGGAACAGGACUUUGAAGAUUUCCAACGGUCGGAAUUGUGGUUUCAUGUUGUCGGCGACAUAGAAGCCACCGGGCGGACAAGAAGUGCUGUGUUAGGUCCAGGGAGGGAUGAUGACCCCAUGUCUAUCUCGCGGACUUCCUCGGGGACUUCAGCAUCGAUGUCUACAUCUGUCCAACAUGGUGCUUUCCAUGUCCCGCGGUCUUCCUCCACUCCAAUCCUAAAUCUUCCACCUCAAUCUAGAACUUUCCGCUUGGAUGAGUCUUUGCCAAUCACGCCCGUUAUCAACCCUCUACCUCGCGCGUCUACUUCAAAUCUUGAACUCCUUAUGUCUCCUAUCCCUGCAUCCCCUUCAAUGUCAACCUCCAGAGCGCCUUUAUUUGACGAUCCAGAAGACGCAAAAAUGACGGAGCAGUCCAGACGAAUGGACGCUAUACAGGCAGCACUGACCGACAUUAUUGCCCUGGACGGCCACGAUAAUGCUCGGGGGAGGGUAUCAACCACGACCGGGGAGACCACAGAGUUAACUGAAAGCAUGGUUGAGGAAAGGGCACGAGGCGCAGUAUUCGACGAUGUUGACGAAGAAGACGAUGGACAGGAAGAACGGGACGACGAUAUUCAGAAGGAACAUGGUUCUUUUCAACUUGCCGGACCAGGCGAUCUGCAAUUAUCUCAUGAAAUCAUGAGGCUUGCCAGUAAGGUCGACGCCUUACACUCCCAGAGUGCGAUGCUGGACACGUUGAUAAAAAAGGCAGAGCUCACGGGAGAUACGCAGGAACUCAAGCUUUUGCGUAAAUCUCGGUCGUCACUCGCAAGAGAGCUCCGAGAACUGAAUUUCCAGAAAUCUCAGUAUGAGCAACAAGAAUCUGCGAAUCGUCUUGUCUCGGAUCGUACCAAGGUCGCAAUCGUCAAUUCGGCCGUGGGGGAAGAAGACGGGAAGUCUGUGGUCCGAUACUUGGUUGAAGUUCAGCAGUUGGCGCACGACGGCCUGUUCUCUUCAGGUUGGGUAGUUGCGCGGAGGUACAACGAAUUCUUCACAAUGCAUAACAAGCUCAGGGAACGUUAUUCCUUUGUUCGCAACCUGGACUUCCCCGGUAAGCGCCUUGUGACAGCAUUGUCGGCUAGCUUCGUAGACUCCCGGAAAGCUGCAUUAGAGAAGUAUCUACAGAGCUUAAUUACGAUUCCUGCUGUUUGUGAGAGCGAUGAACUACGCAUGUUCUUAUCACGCGAUUCGCCUUUCAUCGCGGCUGAGUCUUUGAAUCCUAGUACCGCAGCUCCUGCUCCUUCGUCAAGCAAGGGGAUCGUUCGCACAGUUUACCAGUCAGUUGCUGAGAGUAUUGACGAUAUGUUUUUUGGGCCAUCCAUGUUGGACGUGAUAAUCCAGCGCCUCACCACACAAGCGGCUGAAUUCGCUGGGAUCGUUGGUAGUGGUAUACACGAUGAAGAUCUCGUCGCCCAGGUUUUAAAGGCGUCCGGAAAGACAAGCUCAGAUGAUACACUUCUCCAGCUUCCAGGAGACCUCAAACCAUUACAAGGGGAGACCAGUAGCUCCUCGUUCUCCUCACCUAUAUGCGACCUGGUCCUUGCGGUCUUUGAACUCGACAAGAAGAAUAAUUGGCUCAGACGACAGGCCAUUGUGAUCAUCUUGCAACAGGUUUUUGGCGAUACUAUCGAGCGAAAACUGAGGGAGACGUUCAAAUCAUAUAUGGAUGAAUCUCAUAUAAUGUCUUACAUUAACAUCUUCCGUGACAGUCUAUGGCCGGGCGGCAAGUUGAAGCCUCCCGGCGCACCUCGUACGACAGAAGAGAAGUUGCGCGCGAAGGACGAAGCAAAUCGUAAGCUUUCGGCGUUGAUGCCAGAUUUGGUCGCGAACAUGAUUGGGAGAUCCAAUGCACGUCGCGGUGCACGAAGAAUUUUUGCUGUGCUACAGAAUCGGCGGCUGAACCAGCACCUUCUCUAUACAAUUGUGGAUGAAGUUUUCGCUGCUCUCUUCCCUCCGUCAUCGUCGUAG